AAAAACAUAUAAUUGUUUCAAACAAAAAAUAAUUAAUAUUAAAAUUAUUUAAAAAAUGAAAUAUUUACUAAUUAUAAGUUUUUUGGUUAUAUUUAUAGCUAUAGUCAAUGCAAACAUUUUGUUUAAUUUAGAUAAUAAUAAUAAUCCGCAAAAUUUUUCGGGAAAAGUUGUAUUGACUACCGGUUCGAGUAGUGGUAUCGGUGCCGGUAUUGCCAAACUGUUUGCCCAAUUGGGUGCCAAUGUUGUCAUCACUGGUAGAAAUCAAACUGAAAUCCAAUUAGUGGCCAAUGAAUGCCAACAGUUGUCACCUAAAAAACUAAAGCCAUUACAAGUUAGGGCCGAUGUUAGCAAUAGUACUGAAUUGCAGUCAAUAUUGGAUCAGACAAUCAAAACGUACGGCCAGUUGGAUGUGUUGGUCAAUAACGCCGAGCUCAGUCAUCUAUCGGUUCCCUAUUUGAACAAAACUAACGGCACUAUUAUCAGCAUAUCUAGUAUAGUGUCAACAGUUCCGAUGAAAUCAAAUCUACCCUAUUGUGUGUCCAAAUCGGCUAUAGAUAUGAUGACACGUGUGUUGGCACUUGAAUUGGGACCCAAUAUACGGGUCAAUACUAUUAAUCCAGGUCUAAUUGAUACACCAAUUAUAUCGGGUGAUCCUAUAGUUAUAGAUCAGUUCAAAAAACUGAUUGUCUCGCAUACACCACUCCAUCGUAUCGGUCAACCCCUGGAUAUAGCCCGGGGUGUUGUUUGGUUGGCCUCCCGAUCGGCCAGUUUUAUAACCGGUACAAAUCUGGUCAUCGAUGGCGGUGUUAUCUAUAGUUUUGGCGCUAAUGCAAACAUAUUGUUCAAUUUAGAUAAUGUUAAUAAAAAUAAUAAUAAUGUUUUGAAUGAUUCGCGAAAUUUUACGGGAAAAGUUGUAUUGACUACCGGUUCGAGUAGUGGUAUCGGUGCCGGUAUUGCCAAACUGUUUGCCCGAUUGGGUGCCAAUGUUGUCAUCACUGGUCGAAAUCAAACUGAAAUCCAAUUAGUGGCCAAUGAAUGUCAACAGUUAUCACCAAAAAAAACUAAAGUUAGGGCCGAUGUUAGCAAUAGUACUGAAUUGCAGUCACUAUUGGAUCAGACAAUCAAACGGUACGGCCGUUUGGAUGUGUUGGUCAACAACGCCGGCAUUGGUACCGGUGCUAACAUUACUGAUGACAAGUUUAUGUCAGUAUUUGACAAAAUACUGAGUGUUAAUCUGCGUCCGUAUGUAGAGCUCAGUCAUCUAUCGGUUCCCUAUUUGAACAAAACUAACGGCACUAUUAUCAGCAUAUCUAGUAUAGCGUCAACAGUACCGUUAAAGUCAAAUCUAUCCUAUAGUGUGUCCAAAACGGCUAUAGAUAUGAUGACCCGUGUGUUGGCACUUGAAUUGGGACCCAAUAUACGGGUCAAUACUAUCAAUCCAGGUUUAAUUGAUACACCAAUUUUGUCGGGCGAUCCCAAAAUAGUGGAUGAAUUUAAAAAACUGGUGAUUUCACGUACACCACUACACCGUUUGGGUCAACCCCUGGAUAUAGCUGACGGUGUUGUUUGGUUGGCCUCCCGAUCGGCCAGUUUUAUAACCGGUAUUAAUCUGGUCAUCGAUGGAGGGGUUGCCUAUAAUUUUGGUGGUAUUAAUAGAUUUUAA